GGAAGCAGCAGUCACAGGUCCGUGGUGUACAGAAGGGGCUAUCGUCUUCUGGUUGCCAAGAGACGGCGACCUGCGCAGGACGAACAGCUUAGGAGCGAAAAAAAGAGUGUCGUAUGCUCGCGGACACGCGGACUUUGAUUUUAAUUCACAGAUUCUAGAAAUGGAGGGGUGCCGGGCACGGCGCAGUAGCUCGGAACCGGAUCGAGCUCUGUCCCGAAUUCGAUGCAUUUUCAUUGGACAAAAGGCGUGCCUGAACCUGACGAAGGCCCCGACGCCCGUCGUUAGAGCGCACGUUGAGCGUCGGUUAAGCAAUCACCACCAGAUGGGAGGGUGGCAGUCUACGGGGGAGCUGCUAGACAGGAUGCUCCCGCAGUGGCAAGAUCGUCGCCACAUUGAGACCGCUGAACGCUGUGUGGCGCAGUCACGCGGUGUGGGGGACGCACCUUCGCAUCAACAUGCGUUUGAUGGAAUUGGCAGCAAGCUACCAGCUGGCCGCUUCUCGACCGUGACGACCGGAAAGUGGAGAAUGCAAGUGCCAGACAAUUGGAUACCCUGCCUCGUGUGCCCAUGGCUGUAUCAAAGAUAUGUCAACGAUGCGUUUCGAGGAUGCCCUUUUUACAGCGCCAAGCGGGGGCACAGCGAGUACCCCAUGUGAACGUUCGAAGGGCAGUAGGAUUCGGAAUGCGUUGGCAUAUGGUUGGAUUGAAUACAGUAGCGCGUCGGUGCGUGCCGAACGAAUGCUAUUGCAGUGCGGUUUGUGGUAUACAGGAGCCUGGUUAGCGAUGGCUGCCCAGAGAACGCGCAGAGCGAGAUCAGAUUGCCGGCAAGGGCGAGCGCUGACACCGUCCUGAUCCGCGUAAGACAUCUU